GUUGGCGGCAGAAUCGGCCAUGACAGGUAAGCUCAAGAUGGCAAUGGCAAAAAAUCGACCUGGUACAUCCCUCUUUCUUCUUGCUUCAUGUAUAUAUACACGGGACGCAAACACGCACAAAACGUACUCGAAACCCUAAAUCGCCAUGAGUCUCUUUGGCCUCGGCAGCAGAAAUCAGAAGACUUUUCGACCAAAAAAGAGCGCUCCAUCAGGAAGUAAGGGUGCACAGCUUAAAAAACACAUAGAUGCAACUUUAGGUAGUGGAAAUUUGCGUGAAGCUGUUCGCCUACCCCCUGGAGAAGAUCUCAAUGAGUGGCUUGCUAUAAAUGCUGUUGAUUUCUUUAAUCAAGUGAAUCUCCUUUAUGGCACUCUUACUGAAUUCUGCACACCAUCAACAUGCCCAACAAUGACAGCUGGAGCAAAAUAUGAGUACAGGUGGGCGGAUGGAGUUACUAUUAAGAAACCCAUAGAAGUAUCUGCUCCUAAAUACGUGGAGUAUUUAAUGGAAUGGAUCGAAACUCAACUUGAUAACGAAUCAAUAUUCCCUCAAAGACUUGGUGCUCCAUUUCCUCACUAUUUCCAGGAUGUGGUGAAGACGGUGUUCAAGCGGUUGUUUAGGGUUUAUGCUCAUAUCUAUCAUUCGCAUUUUCAGAUGAUUAUGAGUUUGAAAGAAGAAGCUCAUCUUAAUACCUGUUUCAAGCAUUUUGUCCUCUUCACAUGGGAAUUUCGGUUGAUUGAUCAGGGUGAGCUUGCACCUUUAUAUGAGCUUGUUGAGUCUAUUUUGAAGCUGUAGACGUCUUUUUGAAUCCCUUAAAGUGAAUGUUAUUACUUGUAAUCGGUAGUUCGUAAGCGGAUUUGUUAGCAAC